CAAAAAUAUGGCGAAGCCAAAGGUAGACUUAGAGAAGCGAAGGCAGCAAAAAAGAGAUUGUGAACGCAGAUGUAGAGAGAAAGUAAGAAGCAAUCCAGAGCAAUAUGAAAAAGCAAAGCAACAGGAAAGAGAAAGAUAUUAUGAGCGAAAAAACAAGGCAAAGUUAAGCUUAUUGGGGAAGUAUCCAGAAGGGAGAAAAAAAGAUUAA